CUAAAUUGUUGAGUACAUAAGAGGCUCCCUGUGUGCGACCCUCUCAGCAUUCAAGACCAGAGCGUGAGGGGAUCCAACUAUUCUGCCUUUCAGCUAAGCAGAGCACGUCGUGCUACUUCAACUUCUUCUGUCUCCUCCCGUUGCUGACUGCUGGCCUGAUUUGCUUUCCCACGGAACUUAACAGGAUCAGAAGAGGCUGCAGAGUGUUUAUCGAGUGGUGGAGUGGUCAGAGUCAUCAUGGCCAUGUCCCAGGAGCGGAGUGUGUGUCUGGGGCUCUGGGUGCUCCUUUUGCUUGGUGCAGGCAUGGAAGAAGUUGUGGAGGGAUGUAGCUGCCAUCCAGCACACCCACAGCAGCUGUUCUGCAGCGCUGAGAUCGUGAUAAGGGCAAAGAUCUCUGGAGAGAAGAUUGUGUCGCCUAGCAACAGCUCCUCACCUUACAUGAAGAUGAUCCAAUAUGAAAUCAAAAUGAUCAAGAUGUUCAAAGGUUUUGACAAGGCCAAGGAUAUCCAGUAUGUGUACACUCCAGUAUUCUCCUCAUUGUGUGGCGUCAAACUGGACUCCAACAAUAAAGCAGGAUAUCUGCUCUCAGGAAGUAUGUGGAGCGAUGGGAGAAUCUCUAUCGGCCAGUGUGACCUUGUAGAAUCCUGGGACAAUUUGUCGCUCUCACAAAAGAAGAAUCUGAACUACAGAUACCAGAUGGGCUGUGAAUGCAGAAUCAACACCUGCUACACAGUGCCGUGUGCGUCCACAGGGGAAAACGAGUGCUUGUGGACUGACUGGCUGCUGGAUAACAGCCUAAAUGGGGAGCAGGCUCGGCAGUAUGCCUGUAUCCGCCGCUCUGACACAACCUGUAGCUGGUACCGAGGCGGACCUCCACCUGAGAAAGACUUCCUGGACAUGACUGACCCAUGACCUGUAAUUCUGAUGUUCAUUUUACUCCAUUUCACUUCUGCAAAGUCAACCAUUUCCUGCUUUUGCUUUGUAGCUCAAAUUUGGUGUGCACAAUAUCAACUGAUUUCACUGAAAACUUGAUGACCUGAUUUUUCCAUUUGAGAGAGCUUAACCCAACUUUGAGCAUCUGUUAGCAGAAUUCAGGUGAUUGCAACAGCGAUGCUAGGAACAAUUUUAUAAAGUGCAGGGGCUUUCAACAUUGCUCUGACUCAUUUUCUCUCUCACACACAUCCACUUCACUCGCUGUUUUCCACAGAAUAGCAGCAGAACACCCAGUGCAAAUUAUUUGCCCCAGAGUGAAUUCAUGAUCUCAUUUCUUGAUUUGUGAUGGGCUGAUAGUAAAUGCAUAACCAUGACAAAUAGUAUGAAUGACCUCAUAUUUGCUUUUGCAUAACUUACAAUAGGUUAUGUAAUACAGGUUAUGUAUUUACUGAAAGAAGCAUAACAGAGCUAUGGAGGAAAAUACUGGAAAAUAGCUGCUAAUUUCCUCCACAGAAUGUGUACUUUGUGUACUCUCACAGGUAGACUGCAGCACUGCCACCUCUCCCCCACACAUUUUGGUGUCCAGAGUCCCAUGCAAAUGAAAAUGCACUGUAAAUAUACUGGACAAAGCAUCACAAGACAUACCCCAAUUAAUUUUGAAAAAACAUGAAAUUAAUUAUAUGUGAGCAUAAUUCUUGUACAUCUAAACCAUUUCAGUUUAUCCUCUCAAAUUGCUGAGAAUGUAAAUACUGUACUUCAGUGAGAAUUAACAUUUUAAAAGCUAACAGGAUCUUAUCUUAUAGCACAGAAGUUGUUAUCUUGUGGUUUUGUGGGUUUAGUUUCCUUGGUUGAACUCUAUUACUAUUUCCUGUGCCAAAAAUCUAAUCCAGCGCUUUAACAACAGCACUGCCACCUGUAGAUGCCAAGCCACCUCUCCUAAGAGGAUGUGAUGUAACAGGACAAGGUUCAAUUCCCCCCUCUUUUUAACUCCUUAAAAUCAGGAAGUGGAUUCUCCACAUUGUUCAAAUUUAAGAAAAGAUGGUAAAAACUUUGGCACAAGACCUUAACCAACAAAAAGAGAAAUAACUGAUGUUCAUGGAUGAACUGUAAUAAAUAAUUUAGUUGCUGUUUUAUAUAACUCAACGUUAAUUAAAAGACACAAAUCUGAA